CGGGGGCUGAUAGAAUAAGAGCUAGCCUUCUGAAAAAUAUCCCAACCGAAGCAAAAACACUGCUCUUAGAGAUAUUUAAUAGUUUUUUAGAGUCAAAUAUAAUUCCUGAUUCAUGGUUAGUGUCAAAGGUCAUAGCUAUAAAGAAACCUGGUAAAGAUGGCUCACACUGUGAUCACUACAGACCUAUCUGCCUGCUUUCCAUAGUCCGCAAACUUUUCGAAAAACUACUUUUGAGUAGACUAGAUCGUUGGGCCAAACAGGAAGAUUUGAUCCCAAAAUCACAAAUGGGUUUUAAAAAUGGCGUGGGCACCCAAAACUGCUUAGUGAAGCUACACACGCAGAUCCAAUAUGCUUGGAGUAAAAAGAAAAUGCUGGGAUGUGCGUUUCUUGAUGUAAAAUCAGCGUACGAUAACGUCUUACAGUGGAUAUACUCUGCAGAGAUCUCGUGUUACAUGGGCUUCCUUUGAAAAUUGGACUUCUGAUUAGUCGCCUGUUUACAGAAAGAAGGCUACAAUUCUAUCAAAAUAACAGGGUGCAAAUCAUUCGCACAGGAUUUAGAGGACUACCUCAAGGAUCGGUGCUGUCACCCCUAUGUUACAACCUCUAUGUACGGGAGCUCGAAUCUGUGAUACCUGAUGACUGCUUUAUUUUACAAUAUGCGGACGAUAUAGCCGUAGGUGUAGUCCAUGCAGAUCCCAGUGGGAUUGAAAAUUCUUUAUCCAGAGCAUGCUCAGCGGUACAGAAUUUCUUGGAAACUAAAGGCCUGAACUUGUCUAUUCAAAAAUCAGCUUUUGUGCUUUUCACUCGAAAGCACAAUCCUCCGGUUAUCAGAGUGGAGUGGAACGAUGGGGUACUGCAAGGUGUCACAUCAUACAAAUACCUUGGUGUAAUAUUUGAUUGCAAAUGUUUGUGGGCAGCCCAUAUAAGAAGUAUCACAGCAUCAUGCAGUAAAAGGAUUAACUUCUUAAGAGCAGUAUGUGGUCAAAGGUGGGGAGCUCACCCGGCGGUCUUAAGAACUAUAUACGUUACAACCAUCAGAUCUGUGCUUGAAUAUGGAUGCCUGGUGUUUAGAACGACAGCCAAGGGACAUAUGAUAAAACUAUCGAAUCCAGUGGCGUUGUUUACGUAUAUGUUUAGGAUUAAUGAAGUCAACACACACAAUGACAGUGGAGGUUUUGGCGGGUAUUUGUCCAUUGGAGCUGCGUUUUAUUUUACUUGGCGAAAGAUUUUUAAUAAAGGCUACGGUGCGUCAACCAGAUCUGUGGGAAGACCUCAGACAACUCCAAGAAAUAGGAUCACGGUACACAUUAUCCCAUAUAGUAGGGGCUUUGGACGAAAUAGGGUGGAGCCCUACGCAUGGUUCCGAGAACUUGCAUAGCGUCUUCCAUGAGAGGAUUAAUGCAGUGGUAAGUAUAUCUGUGUGGGAGCAGCUAAGAGGCUUCCCCAAAGAUAUGUGGAGUUCUGUGGCCAGUUCUUUUGUUUUCGAAACGCUUCAUAAUGAGAAUUUAGUGGCAGCCCGUGUGAUAUACACUGAUGGCUCUAAAUCACAGCAAGGUGUUGGUGUGGGAAUUUGGGACGUCACAACCAGAUCACAGGACUGUAUCGCUUUGAAUUAUAAUGCAUCUAAUUUUACUGCAGAAUUAACAGCAAUUAAAAUGGCCCUCAGAUUUGCUAUUGAACACCCUACAGAACACGAGCAGAAUUGCGUAUUGUCAGAUUCAUUGUCCAGCAUUUUAUCAAUAAAACACUAUAAUGGCAAGAAUGUUGGUGGCUUACUGCAUCGGGAAAUUGCUGGGUUAAUUGAAGAUCUUAGGCAGUGGGAAAAAUCUGUGAGCAUUUGCUGAGUACCAUCGCAUGUAGGAGUGAUUAGUAACGAUAUGGCAGACGAAGCAGCGAGACAAGGAGCAUGUUCCUCAGUUGUCCAAGAUGAAAUGACUAGAACAGAAGAUUGGUUCACCAUUGCUAGAUGGGAGUGUGUAAGUCAAUGGAAAGUGGCGUGGCACGUGGACGAACUCGGCAGAUAUUGUCAUUCAAUCUUACCAGAGUGUAAUGUACAGCCAUGGUUUGCGGGACUAGGUUAACUGAAUAGAGAGACCAUUGUUAUAGUAAGUCGACUGAUUUCGAACCAUGUAGGAUUAAGAGUACAUUUACACAGGAUAAAUAUAGCUGAUCAUCCAUUAUGUGAGCGCUGUAAUGAAUAUGAGGACAGUCAUCAUGUCCUCUUCAGGUGUCCGCGAUUUGUGGUUGGCAGAGAAGAGCUUGUUUCCUCAUGCAGUGCUAUAUCCCCUAGCCUCCAGGUUAGGGACAUAUUAGCACUGUGUCUCGAGCGCAAGCUCACUGGACCUUUAAUUAUGAUAGCCAGAUUUGUCAAGAGAAAUGGCAUCCAAAUAUAAUACUUCUAGGAAUCCUGGCAGUAUCACUCCUAUGAGUGUUUAAAAGUGUAUAGUACAGAUUUAUGUAUUUAUUUUUAUGUAAGUGAUUGCGAGUUAGUGACAAUGUUCUACCAUGUAGGUUUUCGGUCAUGAUAGACUAAGAGCCUGAGACCUGAAUUAGAGAGGGAUGGGUGGGGAUAUAGAAAAAAAAAACAUGAUACAGUAGCACUCUCAAAUUCGGGCAUAUGGGACCGAAAUGUCAGCCGAAUUAGACAGAAAUUCGUGCGACAAACUUUUUGAAAUGCAACGAUUUUUAUUCAUGUCCCGUCUGGUCUGACACAGGGUAAGGGGGGCCCAGCGUUGAGCUAUUAAUUAACACCCAGCUUUAGGCACUAUUUUAGCCCUCAUCGGAAAGGCACAAAUUAAGGACUGAAUCUUGCCAUGUAUAUCAAUGGCGGUGGAAUGAAGCUGUCAAUUGCACAUCCUGAUUUCACCUUCGAAUUUUAUACAAAUGAUAGAAGCUACAAAGAUAGGGAUAUGUUUUAUUUAACCAGUAUGAAUGAUUUAACACUUUAGAAAAGCAAAAACUAUUCUGAAAAAAAAAAUUGUCUCUCAAAAAAUACCCCCGAAAGGAAAUAAAAACACGUAUUACAACGUUGGAAAUUUGUUUAUAGUUAUCACAACACAUUUCUCUACACGAAACGCUUCCACGCACAUUUAUUACUAUUUAAACAAAACACUAAAAACACUGAGAAUCUUUGCGAGAAUUUUAAAAACAAAUAAAAUAUUUUGGAAAAAAUUCCAUCUUGUCACUGACAGCUGAGCAUCACGGCCGACAACAUAAUUUUCGUAGUUCCGCUGCUCACCACCAUGAACGCAAAACAGUGUCCUUCACAUAUAUUUAGUAAGGGGUAUUUUGUAUGGGAGCUUCUUAAAGGUAAGGUAUGAAAGAUAGGGGUUAAUUGAGGCUAUAAUCCACGCUUACCUGGUCAGACGGGGUUAAUACAGAUAUUGAGUUUAAACACUCAUAUAUUACGUAAAUUGCGUGAAAAUUCCUCAAUAAUGCAAAAUCACAUCAAAACUAAGACAAACCAUGCUAAAUUUGAGCAUAUUUGAUUCAUUUGAUAAUAAUAAUCAAACUUGCAAAAUGUCAACAAACUUUUUUCAAAUGUAACCGCUGCCCAAAUUAAAAAGUAGCCCGAUCUUAAAAGAGCCGAAUUUGCGAGAGUCUACUGUAUACUUUUGUUAUCAAGGAAAAUUAAAACGGUCAAAAAGUCAAGUAUUUUUCUUAUUAUUUAUUAAUUAGUCUACAAAGCUGUUUUCUUCUGACGCUAAAUAACUCAAAAUCGAGGGAUUUUUAUUAUAUAACUAGUCUCUUUGUGGCGUUCGAGCAGUAAAAAAAAUGAAGAUCGCUUUCGAAAGCCAAAGAUUUUUUUUUUUUACUUUUCGUUUCCUUCACGUAAAGCAUGUCCACGAUAAAAUUUGAAGAAAACAAAAACGAUUUAACUUCAAAGCAUGUGUUAUAAUAUUUUUUACUCAGUGCCUUUUAUAAUCCAACUUUUGGCUUCCAAAUUCUCGGAUUUUUUUUUCUUGAGACCCGCAAUUAUGGUUUUGAUUAAAGGUCAUUUCUACGUGUCCUACCUCCUGACUAUCCUUUUCCACUUCUAAGCAAAACUUUUGAUGUCCUUGGCUCUUUUAGCAUUCCUCCUCAUGUCUCUCUUCAAAAUAUCCCAGUAUUUCUCAAUUAGCCGAAUUCCUGGGUUAUUUGAUGGGUUGCAGUCACGCAGCACACUGGAUGGCGUUAUCUUUAACCUUUUAAGGACGAUUGGGUCACCGGUGACCCAAAAAUGAAAUUUUUCCUACGAUCUUCUAAAGUUAUGCUUUAAAAGUGAUUUUUUCUGAGCCCCGAUUUUUGACCUUCUCGUCCUUAACUCUUUCGUCUCCUUUGGGACUUUUGGUACCCAUGGAAAAAAGAAUUUUUUUUGACUAUUUAGAAUCGAUAAAAAUCCGAUUUUUGUGGAUGAUUACAAACUAUAAGGAUGUCCGAAUCUAGGAUAUUUUUUGCAGGAUCCCAAUUAACUCCUGAGCUAAGAUAGGGGAAAGUGGUCUGCCUUUGAACGAAAAAUAAUGUUCCAAAUUUGAGAUUUUUUUCAGAGUAAACUACAAAAGGAGUUUUACUUUGCACUACACCAAAAAAUUCUCUUGUUCAUUAAGCUUCUAUGCUUACCCCAUUCAGGACUCGCAAGUCCUCAGUUUUUCCUGGUGUGGAACUUAAAAAUGUGAUGUCGAUAUAUUCAAAGGCAGCCUGCAUGGUCUGCCUUUGAAUGUGGUUGGGCAGCCUUUGAAUCUUAAUUUUUCACUGAGAAUAUUAGGGCUGUAGCAUUAAACGGCCCAUAAUUGAUUAGCAUGAACCCUAAUGCACUCAAUAAAACCACCACUGUAGUCAAAAGUCAUUAUACAACAACAUUUCUUACAUUUUUCUGAACCACUGUUUUUCACUUGAAAAUUUGUAAGAAAACGCUAUUGAAGUUGACAAUUCUCAGUUUGAAACAUCCCGGCCGGAGGAAGAUAGCAUAAGUAUUUGUAUGACAUUCGUCAGACAAAAGUAGGAGUUCUAUUCUGCUCCCGGACAGGAAGCUGUCAGAUGUUUCAAUGUAUGGAAAGAGAGGAUUCAAAGGCACACAACAUUAAGAUUCAAAGGCUGCCGCAGAGAAAUAUUUGCAAACUUUUAUCACCCACAAAAUUUGUCUCAUCUGAAUCAAAAUGUAUUUGGAGAAAUACCAUCCAAGAAUAACCUUCUAUGACUCACAAUAGAAGAUUUGUUCCAAAAAUUAUUUUGAUUAUGAAAAAACACAUGAAUUGUGGAACAUCAAAAUUACAGUUUUGAGCUCAGUUUCCUUUUUUUUGCCCUAGAACCUAGAAAAUAAGAGCUAGGGUCUGCAUUUUUUGAUGACUUGUGAGGAUUAUGAAUAGCUAUCUAAUAGAAAAGAAUUUAUGCUUAAAAGAAAAAUGAAAAAAAUUACAAUAUUCAAAGGCUGCCGCAUUCAAAGGCAGACCACUUUCCCCUAUUCCUGAUCUAAAAUCGUGAAUUUUCGAUUUUCUGCUUCCUUGCAGAUUUGCUUUCAGGGAAGUUUUUCCUAUUCUUCCAGAUUUUGGGGAAUUCUGAUUGUCCAAAAAGUGUUUUUUUUUGGCUCUUGAGAAAGCUUAAUGUGUCUACAAUAACAUCGUGUUGAGAGGAAUGUGUGUUAAAGUGUUAUUGUGUGAAAUAUUUUGAGGAAUCUGUUGGAAAGCAGGAGCUGGGUGUCCUUUUUAGCACUUCCUGGACAUCCCACAAGAUACUGGUCAAUAAUUUUUCUUGUUUUAGUGAUCAACAUUGUAAAGGAGUCAUUUGACACGCAAAAAUAAUUCACAGAAUUGAUAUUAUUGGCUUUUGGAAAAUUGAAGUUUGUCUCCUUUUCGUUCUUUUGGGGACGAGAGUACCCAUGAGUUUUCCAAUUUCCCAGAGGCGGAGAAAAUUCUUUCUCUACAAAAGUAUCAUAUUAUGACCACUAAGACUUACAAUAAAGUGAGUUUUACUGAAAUUCGUUCGCUGGAUAUGUUGUGGUCCGGAAAGAGUUAAAGGGUUAAACCAUCUUAUAGUGUCCUUGACAUAAUGACAGAAUGCUAGGUAUGGCUAGAACAGUGGAGGAUUGUUGUGGUCACGAUAAAGCGGCAGAGGACGCUUUUGAAGGCACUUCUUUAUGUACAUAAAUCUCGCAAUUAAUUGUGUCCAUUGUGAAGAACUCUUGGCUCCUACGACCACAGGUGCCAAUCGCUAUCCAUGAGUUUUUUUUUUUGGAAAUUUCGAGUAAUUUUUUAAUGGGUACUUCUUAGUUACACCCUUCCGAGAUUUUGCGGUAUAAAAUUGCUGACCAGGAAGUCGUUUGAAAUCGCCUUUUACGAUCGUUUCAUCAUCCAUUAGAAUGCACCCUUUAAUACCCCUCACAAGUUUGUCAUUCAAUCUUCGGGCUCUAGUUUUGGCCACAAGGCAUUGCUCACCACUACGAUAGGCUGUUGGUUGGGCUUUGCUAGUAAGCAAAUCAUUUUUCUUCUUGAUCUUCUGCACCAAACUAUUUAAGAUACCCAUUUUUUUGGUCACAUCUCGUGGAGAAGCAUAGGGGUUAAUCUUGAAGUACACAAGCACUUUUUCUCAAUUUGUUGGUCUUGAAUUCCUCGAUUUUUACCACAUUCUGGUUUUUGAGCAAUAGUUUUGGUUUCCUUGAAUCGUAAAAUUACGUUCCAAACGGUCCCACGUGAGUUUCCAGUUAUUAUUAUUAAUCGUAUCGAGAAACUUUAUUUGGUAUUACAAAAUAAUCGUUACAAUGUGCCUCGUGUUGGAAGAAUCUGCUGAUCGUAGAUCGCCCAGGAACGCCUUUCCCGUAGUGAAUGCUUCUUCCGUGCUCCUGAAGGAUUUUUGGGCAGAGGCGAUGCAUUUUAUUACGUUUUUAUCACAGUGAAUAAUGUCUUUUUCGCGCCGACAUUCAGUUGUUUGCACCGCACCGGACGGGACUCGAACUCACAGCUGUGAGAGUCGAGUCAAAGAUCUCACUGUUCAAGACCAAAUGGUCUUACCGAUUGCGCCACUGAGAUCCCCAAUUCCCAGUUAUUCUUCCUAUUUGUGAAUACGUGAGAUAUGGAUUUUGAAGAUGCGUGUCAACCAUGGCUUCUCGCCUUUUCUCCAUUUUUGUUUAAUUUCUCACUGAUUAAUAAACAUAGAUGGGAAUACCAUACUAAAACAAAGCUAAUGAAUGACACUUCAAUGUGAACACAAAAAAAACAUUCCGCACUGUCAUCAGGUUUUGACAGAUUGAUUUGUUCAAAUUUUAUCGUGGACAUGCUUUAGUGGCUGAUAAAGCUCCUUCUUGUUCGAAUUUCGAAGUGUCUUGUGGGUCGUGACCGUGUGAGUAUCAGUCAUCGCUUUGUUAUAAGAAAAAACGCAACAGUGACACUCGUAUUCUUGUUCCAUUGUUAUUCGCCUCAUAAAAUCACUCAAUAAAUCUUGAAACAUUUGAUAAUUUUCAAAUUAUUUCAACCUUGUGUGAAAAUUCAGUUUAAAAAUUUAAAAUUGUGUAUGAAUUCAUCGAGCAUCAAAUACAUUUUUAGCAAAAGAGUUCUUUUUAUCCUUUAUCCAAGGCACUAUUUAUUGAACAGUCAAAUUCCAGAUGUGAAUGAGAAGAUUAUAUUUGGUUUCUUUAUGAGCCCUCGAAACUUUCACCUAACCUAUAAUCGUUUUCGAAGUGCAAAAGUUAAACAACCCUAGAAAUUAUGUUUCUGAAACAAUUAUAGAGUGCAAGUUCAGAUUCGUUAAAUCUCCGAUAAGGCCCAAAUAGUAAGUAAAGAUUAUAUUGAAAUUUUCAACUUAAAUAAAUUAAUCGCAGAUUUCUUUUGUUGAAUUCUCUAAGAAAAGAAAAAAAUCAAAAAAGUAUGCUUUAUCAAACUACUAUCUAUUCUAACAAUAUUUGAGAGCAUACAGCUGUAUUAUCUUUAUUACAAUAAUUAAUUUUUAUGCAAAGUUUACCCUUUUUUUUUGGGGGGGGAGGAAACAGUCAUUGUGGUAUUGCCCGAAAAGAUAAACUGAGCUCGUCAUAACCCAUUUUUCGACUCAAUAUCACAUUAUUUCCACACCAUAAUCGACUUCUUAUCUAAUCAGCAAGAGAAAAAGCGCUAUCUCUCUAGCAAAGCGACAUUCCUACUAGUUGCAUUUGUAAAAUUCACGUUAAAACAUGUCAGCAACACACUGGUUUGAUUCUGAAGCCCCUCAAGCCACCAAAUCUACCCAGGAUAGUCCCUGGCAGGCUACAAAGAACAGCAUUCGCGAGCGAAAUGCCUAUCUCUUGGCUAGUGACCUAAUGUCGGACGUUUCAUUCGUUGUGGGUCAAGCAAAAGUUAAGAUUCCUGCUCAUCGACAUGUCCUAGCUACGACAAGUGCCUCCUUCUACGAAGCCCUCUACGAGCGCCCUAAUCCUCCGCCAGAAAUUGAGGUAACUGACGUCGAGGAGGUUUACUUUCGUGCCCUAUUGCGCUAUAUGUAUUGCGAUGAGCUGAAUAUAAACUCUGAAAAUAGCUUCGAACUUUUGCGUCUGUCCCUACGUUUCGGAAUUCGCCACAUGGAAACCCAAGUUGUUGAAUUCAUUGAACAAAGUCUCUCCACAGACAACGUACUAGAAGUAUUCCAGCAAUCCACAGUUCUAGGUUGUCAAUCCCUCAGAGAGAAGUGCUACAGGAUCAUCGAAUGGACAAUCAGGGAAAUUUUGGCUACUGACAAAUUCGUGAACACUUCUAGAGAAAUCUUGGGCCUGAUCUUGCAAAUGCCGAGACUCAAUUGCCGAGAAGUUGAAAUCUACCGUGCAGUGAUGCUUUGGAUUAAACAUCAGUGCAAUGAUAGGGAUUUACCCACAGAUGGCGAAUCUAAAAGAGAAUGGUUAGGUCUUGAUCUUUUGCAUCUCAUCAGAUUCCCAACAAUGACAGCUGAAGAGUUUUCAGAGUGUGCAACACUCGAUGGCUUUCUAACUGCUGACGAGAUAUCCCGGAUCUUUCUCGUGAUUAUGGAUAAAUUCAGCGGAGCCAUUGAAUUCUCCCAUAUCCCACGAACAUCCGUGAUAUCUUUCGAAACUUCUCGUAGCAUCGUGAUCCUCAAUCGAUUUACAAAAUGGUCUCGUGGCUUCAAUCGUACCAUAAACUAUGAUCAUCACAGUGUCCUUAUGAGUGUCACUAAGCCUACAAUCGUAGCCGGUUUUGGUCUACUACUUGACCAAAGUGACGUAACUCUGGAUGGAGCAAUUCUAACAUUUGCCGGACGUGAUCUUAAUUUGGAAACACUCGAAAACGGAACUCAUAUCAACAGAAUUGCCAUGAAGGACAAUUUCUACAUGGUUCAUGUGCUCCUGGAGCAACCUGUCCUUCUAGAAACUCACGAAAUGUAUCUUGUGAAGUUAAUGAACCCAACCAAUGGAUUCCAAACCAUCACUGGAGAAGUUAGAGAAAAGAUUACUUUUGGCAAUGCUGCAAUUUCAUUUAAAAAACCGACAAAGAGUCCGUAUGUCAAUGCUAUCGCUGAGAUUCUCACGUUGAGUUAAAUCGUUUUCUUUACAUUUUUUUUAUUGCUUAAAUGUCUCGAAUUAACAGAGAUAGGGUAAAGUUUAUAAUUUGGAAUUAGUAUUACAAGUUGGACAAUUCGCCGGUACAAGUUGGACAUGGCUUUUUUCUUGAUAAAUACAGUACAAAAUUUGUUUCUAAGCACAAGGAACCAAAUUAUAAAACUAAAGCAUUAAAGAUAUACACAUAAAAAUGAAGUACUAAAUUUAUCAAGACAAAAAGCCCUGUCCAAAUUGUACCAUUAUUGUCCAACUUGUACCACUGUCCAACUUGUACCACUUUACCCUAGAGCAAAAUAUAUUUUUCAAUGAAAUCAACUUUGUUAAUGCCACCAUAUGAAAUUUUUGAUUGCGUAUAAUUUGUACAAAAAAUGUUUGGAGAAAUAUUUCAAUUAAUAGUCAAGGAAGUAUAAAUAUUUAGAAUAAAGAGUGGUUUCCUCAAUAUUCCUUCGAAGGCAAACUAUAAGAUACCACUAUCUAAUACUACACGUGGCUAAUUCUACCCCGGUCUCCCCUCUAGGAUUAAACAAUAUCACAAAAUAUUCAGCCUAUCCAGAACUUUUAAAUUCAUUACAAAAAAAAUCGGACGAGGAGAAUCUGCUAAAACCGAAUUCAUAAUUACGUCAUGUCCUUUUUACUUUUAUUUCAGAUUUUAAGAUCAUUUAUUCAACUAAAUUCUUUUACGUGGAAAUUAAUCUCGAAAUAAAGAAAAUAUUUGCAUGGGAAAAGGA